GGAGCUUAUAGCCGGAUUAACGAAGCGUACAAAUUCGUUUAAGCGUUUUUAUUGGUCGCCACAAAAAGAAAGGAAGUAUUUAGUGCACUCCGGAGUUAGUUUGGAAGAUACAAAUAUAAUAAACUUCUUUCCCCCAAUAGAGUGAUUAAGUAACUUAUUAAAACCACAGUAAAUAGUUUAUAAUCAUGUCUGGCGCAUCUUUUAACAGAGGUCCUGCCUACGGGUUUUCUGCGGAAGUCAAAAGCAAGAUUGCAGGAAAGUAUGACCCUCAGAGAGAGGAGGAGCUGAGGGUCUGGAUUGAGGAUGUGACCGGAUGUGUCAUCGGGGAGGACUUCCAGAAAGGUCUGAAAAACGGUGUCAUCUUGUGCGAGUUGAUCAACAAACUUCAACCUGGCUCUGUGAAAAAGAUCAACAAGUCCUCCAUGAACUGGCAUCAGCUAGAGAACAUCACCAACUUCAUAAAAGCCAUCCAGACGUAUGGCCUGAAGCCCCAUGAUAUAUUUGAAGCCAAUGACCUGUUUGAGAAUGGGAACAUGACCCAGGUCCAGAGCACGCUGCUGUCUCUCGCUGGCACGGCCAAGACCAAGGGCUGCCAGUCCCGUGUGGACAUCGGGGUGAAGUAUGCCGACAAACAGGAGAGGCUAUUUGAUGAUGAGAAGAUGAAGGCUGGACAGUGUGUCAUCGGACUACAGAUGGGGACAAAUAAGUGCGCCAGCCAGGCAGGCAUGAAUGCGUAUGGCACCAGACGGCAUCUCUAUGACCCCAAGGCCCACAUCCUACCACCAAUGGACAACUCCACCAUCAGUCUACAAAUGGGCACUAACAAGGGCGCCAGCCAAGCUGGUAUGACCGCCCCAGGCACCCGCCGUGCCAUCUAUGACCAGAAGCUGGGCACAGACAAAUGUGACAACAGCACCAUGUCCCUGCAGAUGGGCUCCAACUCAGGGGCCAACCAGAGUGGGCAGAACUUCGGCCUCGGUCGUCAGAUUUACGAUGCCAAAUACUGCCCCAAAAAUGAGGGUGAGGACGUGGAGAACGGAGCCAGGCCCGACUAUGUGCCUGACUACCAAGAUGAGGGUUACCAAGAAUUCAAAGAGGACGCAGUGCCAAUGUACCAAGAAGAGGGGACCGAUUAUUGAGAAGGAUGUUGUUGGUGUCGAAAAUGGAAGAAGCUUAAAGGAGGGCUUCUUAGUAAUUUUGUUUUUAGCUGCAAUUUGAAACUGAAUCUUAUUCUCAGUUAGUGGGUGAGCCUAUAAGAUUAUUAUAAUUUUUUUUUAUUUUCCUGUUUGCAUUUGGCGAGACCGUUCUUGAUUCUUGAUUGGUGGGUCCAUUUGAACAUGUUUUUAUGUAGAAUCCUGACUUUUAACCUGUCGUUGAUUAAGACCGGUGGGUGUUCACCACAAAUUACACUCCUGUCUUGAUAAAUGAGAGGCUUUGAGAGAGACAAGAUGGUGGUGUAGACAUUGUGGGGUGCUUAAUGGAGAAAACAACAAAACUGCCAGUUUCCCUCUAUAAUUGCCAACAAAUGUAGAUUUGUACAUUUUUACAUAAUUAACUUUUGCAAAAGUUAAAAUAAGCCAGUACUUAAAGGAAAUAUUGCCUGGAAUCUCUUAGGAUUCAAACAUUUUAAUAUCCUAUGUUUUGAUAUAAAAUUCUUAGGAGAAAAUGGACCUUUUAAAUUAAGUCUAAUUUCAGUUAAUCUGUAGAUGGAAUUUUUCCAAUGCUUGUAUUUAUAUAUAUACCAAAUGGUCAUAUUGUUUAUGUAAACUAUAUACAUGUAUCUUAAAUGAUGUGAAUUACAACAUGAAUGUGUUGUAUCUGUUCAGUAUUUUGUACUUUGUACUAUAAAAGACAAGGUGUUGUGUAGUAACUUCAGACCGAGGAAAGAAAAUGUAUUUGUGGGACAGAAUUCUUCCUUUUUGAAGUCUGCUGACCACAUCAUUUCUGUAGAGGAAAUAUUUCCUUUGUAUGCAUAACCAGAACUACUGGAGCCAAGAUUUCAAUUAUUAUUAUUUUUUUUAUUGGAGUAUCUUGAAAAAGCAUAACUUUAAGGCUUUCAAUAUUCCAAGCCGGAUACUGGAUUUUUGUUAGUUUUUCUUUAAUGUUUCACUGAUAAGGGGACCAAAAACAUUCUAACAUUUGAACUUUAAGUGAUUAUUUAUACAUGUUGUAUUUUGUAUUCAGACUCUGAAGGGAAAUGAGCUUGUACUAGUGUUAUAUACAUUUAUUGCCUUUUGCUUUUUGACUCUGUCUUUUCAUUUCAAAUGGAAACAUUUGUUCAAGGUGUAAAAUGUGUGAAUAGUCCAAUAAAUAUGAAUACAAUCCA